AUGUCACUCUAUGCCAACUUCCUAAAAGAGCUCAUGACAAAAAAAAACUGGGGAGAAAAGAAAACUGUAGUGCUCACAGAAGAAUGUAGUGCCAUCAUACAAAAGAAGCUUCCCCAAAAGAUGAAAGAUAUUGGGACCUUUCAAAUCCCCUGCAUAAUAGGGGAUAUAAAUAUUGAGAAGGUAUUGUGUGAUCUGGGAGCUAGCAUUAACCUUAUAUCCUUGGCCAUGAUGAAGAGAAUGAGAAUUGAAGAGGCCAAGCCAACAAAGAUGGCACUCCAACUAGCUUAUAGGACAUUCAUGUUUCCCCAUGGAGUGGUGGAAGACUUGUUGGUUAAGGUGGGAGAGUUCAUUUUCCCAGCAGAUUUUGUAGUGCUUGAUAUGGAGAAAGAGGCAAAUUCUUUAAUCAUACUUGGGAGACCAUUCUUGGCAACAGCUGGGGUUAUAAUUAAUGUGCAAAAGGGAGAGUUGGUUCUAAGACUGCAUAAAGAAAAGAUGGUGUUCAAUGUUUUCACUGCAAUGAGCUACCCAAAGGAGUCCAUUGGUGAAUGCAUGAUGGUAGACACAAUAGAGAAGCUGGUUCAAGGAGUUCUAGAAGAAGAAAAUGUGAAGAAGCAACGGAGCAAGAUCAACAAACACCAUGUGGUGAACUACCACAAGAAAUUAUAG